AUGUUCAGAGCACUGCGACUGUUGCGUCAAAUGAGCUCUUCCGUUCCGCAGAUCCGGCUCAACAAAGCUGAGACGCAGAUCGUCAAUCUUCUGAACGAAUACACGCGGUACUUCAACGAGCACAAGACGUCUGCGACGCAGCAGCCUCUGGAGCUGCGAAUCACCGGGGGGUGGGUCAGAGACAAGCUUCUGGGCCGCGAGUCGCACGAUAUCGACAUUGGCAUCGACCACCUGUCGGGCGUCGAGUUUGUGACCCAAUUACACGAGUAUAUCAAGGCGCAGAACGGCGGGAAGUCGGUAGAGAGCGGCGUCUACAAGAUCGAGAAGAAUCCAGAGAAGUCCAAGCAUCUGGAGACGUGCACGACAAAACUGUUUGGGCUGUCGAUCGAUUUCGUCAAUCUGCGGUCGGAGAAGUACGCCGAAGACUCGAGGAUCCCGCAAAUUGAGGUCGGAACGGCCGAGGAGGACGCUUUCCGGCGAGACGCGACGCUGAACUCGCUGUUCUACAACCUGACCACGGGCCAGGUGGAGGACUUCACGGGCCGCGGGCUGCAAGACCUGCGCGACGGGGUUCUGCGCACGCCGCUGGACCCGCGCAGGACGUUUUUGGACGACCCGCUCAGGUGUCUGAGACUAAUCAGGUUUGCGUCGACGUACAACUUCCGCAUCGACGAGCUGGCGCUGGCUGCCAUGCGCGAGGACGACAUCAAGCAGAAACUGAGGGAGAAAAUCAGCAGAGAGCGCAUCAACGUGGAGUUCAAGAAGAUCGUCAUGGGCAGGAACCCGGUUUAUGGCCUGCGGCUGAUCGAGGACGUAGGCUUCUACCAGCUGUUUGAGUGCGAACAGCCGGGCUACGAGUCCGGGAACGAGGCAGUGAAGACGGCCUUGAAGGAACUGGUGCAAAAAUACGACUCUGUCGAGCAGGAGCUGAAGAACAACGAGACUCUGAACAGCCUACUGGAAGCCGUCUACGCGUCAGAUAUCAGCAAGCAGUCCUUAUUUUUGAACCUGAUCCUUUAUCCGUGGGGGGACGAAAAAAUAGCUUUGGGCAAGCACACCAUUCCAGUGCCGAGCCAGGUGGUCCAGGACGCCCUGAAGAUGCAGCUCAAGAUUAGAGACCUGGUGGGGCUGUGCUGCUCGACGCUCGAGAAAUAUAACUCAGCAUAUCGCCAAUGGAGCAACAUCGCGCGGUCCGAGAUUGCAACGACGCUGCUGAUUCCGUACAAAGAGGAAUGGAGGCUCAUGCUGCUCACCAACAUAAUUGUCUCAAUUUUCAGGAGUCCUCAGAAUACACACGAACUCGUCGAGAACGGCGCCAGGUUCGCCCGCUACGUCCAGUCGCAGAACCUCGAGGAUGUGCACAACACCAAACUCCUGUUAAAUGGCAAGGAGGUGGCAGCUGCUCUGAACAGAAAACCCGGCCCGUGGCUGUCGGAGACGAACGCCAAGCUGCUGACCUGGCAACUGGACAACCCGUCCUGCUCGAAACAGGACAUGGAAGCCUACCUACUCAGCAUUUCGGGAUGA